GCCAGUUCAGCCAGAACCGUCAAGUGGUGCAGUUCGAAGUGGAACGGAAGGAUAUUUCCCCGUUAAAGCCAUGUUCCCCCAAGCGGAGUUGGAGAACUACAAGCUGCAGGUGGAGCUCCUGCAGGAGAAGCUGCAGCGCAGCGAGGAUAACCGCCAGCAGCUGGAGCACAAGUUGGAUAAAGUCCUGCAGAAGCGCAGCGAGCUGGACAAGUCGGUGCGCCACAAGAGCCGCCAAAAGUACCAGGAAUUCCUCGAGGAGCAAGCCAAACGCAACGAGCGCAACAAGAAGUUGGUGAAAAUGCUGGAAAAAAUCGACGAGCAAACCGCUGCCUUGUCGCAAAGAAGCGAGCGUCUUAAAAUGAUGAAGCUGCAGUACCAAAUGUACUUUGCGAAUUUGGUGCAGAAUCAAACGCUGCGAUGCAUCCAGCAGACGACGGCGACGACGACGAGUGCAGUGCCGCCGAGCGGCGGCGGAGUGAUUCCGGUGCUGGUGCAACCGCAGCCGCAGGUGACGGUGACCAAUCCGCAGCCGAUGACGCCGCAGAACUGGACCUUUGCCAUGGCCACGCCCACGCAGGCGGGGAUGCUGUUGACGCCCCAGUUUGCCACGGCAGCAGGUUCUGCAGCAGGUGCAGCCUCCAAUCCCAAUCUGAAUCCCAAUCCUGUUUACUAUCCCGAGCUCUUUGGAGGCACUGCAACUCCCCUCGGCACCUCGAACCUCUUCGAUUUGCGCGCCACUCUGCGCGCUCUUGAUAAUGAGAAUGCCGAUUUACCGGAGCGCAUGCAUCCCCAUUUGACAGGUGAUUAUCAGGCGGAGCUGGGUAGUAGGAUUCCCCCAGCAGCAGCAGCACCAGGAGUGGGAACAGCAGGUCCUGCGACACCCACGUCGACGAUAUCCAGCCAGGAGAAGGGUGCGCGGCAACUGAGCAGCACUUCCUCGACACUGGCCACAUCCUCGUUGACGUUUGAUAAAUUGCCAAAGACGUCGUCGCCUUCGCUGACGUUAACUGAGCUGCCGCCCGCAGGAUCAGGAGCAGGGGAACGAGAAGUGGGAACAACUUCUGGCCAGGAUGUGGGCGGGCAACCGCAAAGGGAGGCAGCCACCGACGACCUGGAUGCCUGGACAAAUUCACGCGUGACUAAAGUCGAGUAUGAAAAAUCACCAACUGUCGUUGGCCAUAAUGAGCCAAACUGGGGACAUCAGCCCAUGGAGCAGCAGAUACGCCAGCAGCAACAUCAAGAGCUACAGCAGCAGCAACACCAACAGCAGCAGCAGCAGCAGCAACACCAACAGCGGCAGCAGCAACAUCAGAAGCCGCACGACUUUGAAGCGUACUUUGGCGAGCUGAAAAUCGAUGAGUCCUGGCAGGAAGACAAACGCCCCGUAAACGUGCGUUCCAGCGAUUCUGGAUCGGCGGUGAGUGGCAAAGUUGGCAUCAGCAACGAUUUGCUGGACGAAGUCAAAGCCAGCCGGGCGGCCCUCGAACGAGCAGCGGCUGCGGUUGAUGAGCAGCUGGCAAGGGGUAAUCAAUUGUCGCCACCGAGCAGCCAGUUGAAGGAGGGGGAACGAGAACCAGGAGGUGGAACAGGAAGCCAACCCAAAACCGGUGUGUCGAUUGAGAAUAUUGAAAAUGCCAUUUACGGCGAACGUUUGACAGGCGGAGGAGCAACAGCGACAGCCGGCGAAACGGGCAAACCAACGCAGGGAUUUUUCGAAAAUUUGCUAACCGAUGAACUCCAGGAGGUGGAGCCACAACACCAACAGCAAAUGCAACAGCAGGUGGAACCUGGAACGGAGGUCUCCAGUUACGGGCAAUAUGAUGCCAGCAGUUACGGCGAUGCCAGCGAGCCCAUCUAUGCCAGCAUCGAUUCCGCGAGCCAAUUGCCGGCGAAUGGAAAAGCGGAGCCGCUUUACAGCGAAAUCGGAAAUCCCACAGACUAUCAGCAACAGCAGUAUGCAACAGCGGAUCCGGGGGCGAAUGGCGAUGCACCUGCCGCAGUUGCCGGCGAUGUGGCUGGCGCCGCUUCUCUGGGAGAUGCCAGCGGUGGCGAGGUCCUGCCGCAGGAGUACUCCAAUAUUGAUUACGGCAACUACGAGGCCGGUCAGUAUGCGGAUGGCUAUGAUCCCAACGCCUAUCCUGGCUACAUAUACGAUGAGGCGACCGGUCAGUACAUUGCCGAUCCGAAUGCCGCUCAAUAUGCGCCGGAUGGCAGUUACGCCGGUCAGGAUUACGAUGCCGGUGCUGCGCAGAGUUACGACUACAGUGCCUACGAGCAACAGCAGCAGCAGCAACAGCAACCGGAUCAGCAAACGGAGGAGUUAUCGGGACAGGAACCGCUGGUGCAGCAGCAGCAGCAGCAGCAGGAAGCGUAUCCAGUGGGUGAAACGGAGACACCGGAAGUGGAGGCGAGCCCAGCAGCUGCUCCACCGGAACCUCCGGCGGCAGCCAGUAAGCCCCUGCUCAAACCCACAUCGAUACUUUCGACGACAGACAAACAAGCGGCGCCUAAUGAUGCGCAGCAGCAGCAGCUGAAGAAGAAGAAACGCGUUAAUUUCGUUGACAGCAGCGAAACGGAUGAUAGCUCAAGCGCGAAACCGACCCCGGCCGCAAAUCCAGUAACCGCCUCAAACCCCUCUCCCUCAGUCGCCGCCGCUUCAGCAUCCUUGAACGCCCCCAGCAUGGCCACGCCUCCUGUGGGCGGGAGCGAGAGUGAUUUCGAUUUUUCAACCGGCAGCGAGGCAAAGAAUUAGAACAACGCCGAGCUCGGGCUCUAAUUUGUUGCCAUUUGGGUUAACCAACCCAGCCACCCAGUGGCCCGAAUUCAAAGUGAACGACCGCUUCGAUUUAUUGCCAAUGGCGAAAAAAUUGAGAAAAAAUCCGGAAAGCGGAGAGGAAAACGGAUGGAAAAGAGAGCAAUAGGUAAGAAGUUUUCCGGGUAAAAGGGCGAACCUCAAACCACAGACGAAAGUUGCUGCCCGAGUUGUCGACAAACCAAUAACACUCUGCUAAUUCAAUAUUUUUAGUUGCAAGUCAAAUAAA